GUGAUCCCAUAUAGUAGAUGUAGUCAGCAUAUGCUUUUAUAUAACAUUUCCUUAUUUCUAUUUAUAGACAAAGUUACAUAUAUAUCAUAUAUAUAUACAUACAUCUAUAUAUAUAUAUACAUGCUAAUUUAAUUGCUUAAAUAGCCAUUAGAUGACCGAGCGAAGAUGUUUUCUCAAAUCAUGGCCCGGUGCGAGGAGCCAGCACUUUGUCUUCCUCUCGCCCCUCCGCCGGGAGGAGGAGACCGCAACGGCUGCUGCGCGCCGAGCUUUUUGGGGGCCAAUGAGGCUGGCGAUGGCGGCGAGCGGCAUGUAUUGACGGUGGGGCAUUAUUUAGGCGCACCCUUUUUGAGGGCCAAUGAGGCUGGCGAUGGCGCUGCGCGCCGAGCGGAUUUUUCUUCAUCGUCAACGAUAAAGGAUACGGCGUUUUGGUUGCCCCGCCUGGAUCGAGGGGCAACGACAUUGGAAGAGUCGCGAUUGGGAGAGUCGCGAUUGGGAGAGUCGGGAUUGGGAGAGUCGGGAUUCCUGUUGGCAACGACCGAUCAGAGUAUCGAGUCCGCGGAACGCGAAAAGCUGUUCGGUAUUCUGCGGCAGCGCGGGAUCGAGCCGUCGAUGUCAUUCGUAGGCGAGCACGACACACUAUCACCAACUCACGUGGAUACGGUGCCCGUUGACCUGAGUGCAGCUGGGAGAAGAGAGGUCGAUGGUGGUAGCGAUGGUGAAGGCGAUGGCGAUGGCGAUGGAGAUGGAGAUGACGAGGGAGGUGGAAGAGCCGAAGCGAUAGGAGGAGGAAGAAGGAGAGGUGGAGGGGGAGGAAGAAGACGACAAGGAGGAAGAGGAAGGAAAGCCGAUCGUCGCCGAGGACGACCCGGCAGCGUAAUAGAGUCAGAUGACAGCAAUGAGGACCAAGACGGCGAUGACGACGAGGAACUACACGACGACGACGAGGAGGAGGAGGAGGAGGAGGAGGAGGAGGAGGAGGAGGAGGAGGAGGGAGGGGAGGUUGAUCCUAUGAACACACCAACUGUGCGAAGCAUGGCGGACAGUGUGUACACGUGCGGCAGCUUUCGACACUCAGCUAUGGAGAUAUCGGAGGCAGAAUCCGAUCUCGAAGGAGGAGAGCGGAGGGUGAGAGAAAGCGGCGGAGGAGGAGGAGAAGGAGGAGGAAGAAUAGGAAGAAGAGGAGGAGGAAGAGGAGGAAGAGGAGGAAGAGGAGGAGGAAGAGGAGGAGGAGGAGGAGGAGGACAAUCCUAUCAAGAAGAAGAAGCUACACUAGGGGGAGAUGGAGGAGGCGGAGGAGUUGGAAGAGGCGGAGUGUGCGGUGUAAGUCGAGGGCUAGCGGAGGAUGAAGAUGGCGAUGGCGGCAAAGCCAUGUCCUGCAUUUUCUCGAGCGUCGUCACCGCGGAAGAGCAGUUGUCGUCAACGAAAACUCCACCGGGGGAUGGCAACGGAUGGAUCGGCGGCGAACUGUUGCCGUCAACAGCACAUCCGCUCGAAUGCGAUGGCGAUGGCGGGAUGUUUGAGCUUUCAGGAGUGUCUGAGGACGGCAGGAGAGCGAGCGGCCAUGUCCCGAGCAGAUCGAACGACAGCUGGCAUGUCGGGACAGAGCCGGCAGCCUGUGGCAGUCGCAGAGCGGAGAGGACGGGUGUGGGUAUCAUGGAAGAGGACUCGUUUCGAUCUUCUACGUCGCAAGCGCUGCAGGCGGCGGAGAGGGAGGCUGGUCCCACUGCCGUUUCCGCGGAUAGAGGCGGGAGGAGGAGGGGGGAGGGAGAGGGAGAGGGAGAGGGAGGGGUUGACAAUGUUUCUGUUGCUAAAAAUAGCACGUCGUCGUCGAUCGACAUGCGCACAGCCCACCUCCCACUCUCGUCUAAGAACGACUUCGUCGCCGCCACAUCAACCAAAGGGAAAGCAAGACGACAAAAACAGGGGGGGUGUGGUACCGGGCAUCAGGAUCCCGAUCAUGACGUCGCAACAGCGGAGCGGCUUUCGAUCGGAUCUUGUCGUCAUCCGGAUCCCGCGUCCGCGGCAUCCGUAGAGCGGCAGCGAACCGCCAGAUCAUAUACUCCGGAUGAAGACGAUUUGCCCAUCGAGCGCCAGCGACACCGACGAUUUGCCGAUCAUCAUGAUACGCGCCGGCAAUUGGACGUCGACGAGGAGGUAAUCAACCACCAUCCCCAAGCUGCGCAGGCGCAGCCGCCAACGCAGCAGCAGCACCAGCAGCAGCAGCAACAGCAGCAGCAGGAGCACGACUAUCAGAAUGGACGUCACAGGCACUUGGAAGACGACAAAGAAGAGCAUCACCCUUCUUCUUAUCUAGGCCGUGAUCGCGAUCGGGGUCAUGGAUUGGGACAUCCUCACGCUGCGAGAUCGGACGAGGAGUAUCAUGGCGACGGUGUGCGAAAUGGAAAUCACGCACGUGCACCACCUACUCCGCUCCCACCUCCUCCAUUGCCUUCUACUAGCCGUCCCGUGGCUCCUCCUCCUCCUCCUCCUCCUGCUGCUGCUGCUAGUUGGAGUCCUCCGCCUUCUUCCGUUGGUGUCGACAACUCCAUGCUUGCACAGGCACGGCCUCAGAGAACACCGAGUCGAAGGCAACGGCCGGCACGGCUGCGCAGCGGUCUCACUGCGCAAAUCGAAGGAACACCGACAAUUGACCCUGCCUUACCCAUCCACGGCAUUCAUCAUCAAGAUGGGCCCGGCGGAGGGGAGAUCACGACCGUUCAAUCCGCGGCGGCUGCUGCUGCGGCUCGAUUCCAGCAACAACUUCACGAACAACGAUCGCGCGCGUUUAAUCGCAUGCUAAAGCUCGUCUUGCUCCUCGAUAACUUCGCCCUUCCCGUCGACCUGGACAGCGAUCCCGGCAGUCAUUAUCACCAUGAUGAUCGGAAUCCCGACAACUACCUCCACUAUCAACACGCGCAUCAGGCAAGAUACGCAAACGGGAACACAGUGAUGCUGGCAUGCCUUCCUCUAGGAGGGGGAGGAGGAUGGGGAGGAGGAGGAGGAGAAGGAGGAGGAGGAGGAUGGAGAGGGGGAGGAUGGGCAGGGGGAGGGGGAGGGAGAGGUGGUGGUUUUCCUCUUCCUCAUCCUCCUUCUGCUCCUCCUUUUCCUCCUCCCCCUCGUCUUCCUCCUGCUUCGCAUAACUACCACGCUCAGCGCCCUCCCCCCCCCCAUCAAGCCUUGCAGUCCUCUUAUGGGUUCCAUUCUCGGCUGCAGGAACACCAGCACCAUCUGAACAGUUUGUACGCGACCGCUGUGCAGCUUUGCAACGACGCUGGAGUUACCACCCUACUCUCCCUUGCGGCCGUCCUCGACACCGUGCUGCUCUUCGGCACCAGGGAGUCCCCAAGGCAUCCAUCGCAGAGCAACGUCACGGGAGAGAAGAUCAUGGAGAUGGCGAAUAUCAGCUGCCCCCAUCAAGCGCCGGGAUUCUCAGAGAGGAAGUGGUUAGGGAAUUUUCUUGGGUACAAGAAGAAGGUGUCGCAGAUGCUGUAUAGAUGCUCAACGCAUCGAGUUUUGUCGUUGAUGGACCUGUAUGAACAAAACGCGUUCGACCUGCUCUCUCCCAUCCUUGUUUCCGCAGAAAAGCCCCAGGGAACCUUCUACUGGAUUAACAGCAGGGGAGUGCUAGGGGAACAUAUCAUAGCCUGAUUAGGAACGAGGAGGAGGAGAAGGAGGAGGAGGAGAAGGAGGAGGAGGAGGAGGAGGGGCCGGAUCAUCAUCGACCGCUAUGUCAAUCAUUGAUUAAUAGAUUGAUGGAUUGAUUGAUUUUUUGACGACGCAAUCAUCAGACUAAUCAAUCAAUCAAUCAUCG